GGGCCACGCCCCUUAACCACGAGCCGCCUCUCUCGCCACGAUUGGGCGGAAGAGGAAGUUGCGUCAAGGAGGCUUUCCCCAAUGUGGCGGCGAUCGACGGGGUGAGGUGCGGGCGUUGCCAUGGUGCCGGUGCUUCCAGGCCUGUUCUUAGGCAGCGGCCUAAAGGACGCCGAAGAGGCCGGGAAAGGAGUCGUGACGGCGGUGUUGUUGGUGGACUUGGAGCCGCCCAGUUAUGCCGAAGCCGAGCUGGAGGCCGUGCUGCGCGUCCCGCUGCUGGAUGAGCCCCAAAGCGACCUGCUGAGCCGCCUGGACGCAUGCGCGGCCUUCAUCAGCCGAGCGCGGGAGAGGGGAGGCUGCGUCCUGGUGCGAUGUUAUGCCGGGGUCAGCCGAAGCGUUGCUGUGGUUACCGCUUAUUUAAUGAAAAUUAAUCAUCUCCCUUUUGAAGAGGCCUAUGCCUUCGUCCGAUCCCUCAGGCCAGAAGCUGAAAUGAACGAAGGUUUUGAGUGGCAACUGAAACUCUAUGAAAAAAUGGGUUGUGAAGUUGAUGUAACCAGCGCCCUUUACAAGCAGUACCGUUUGCAGAAGGUCACAGAGAAAUACCCUGAGCUACGAGACCUGCCACGGGACGUCUUUGCAGCUGACCCGAGUGUCGGACGCCAGGCUCCAAGUCAUGAAGCUCUGUAUAAGUGCAGGAAGUGCAGGUGCGGUGAGUUGUUGGGGAGCGAAAGUCUGGUUGCAAGUGCGAUGCACCAAGUGGAAGGGCGAGGCGCGGAGGGAGCGAGACAGAGGCAGCAGCCCGCUGCGAUUCCGGCGGCUUUGAGAGAAGCACCUUCAGCUGAGGGCUUGGCUGACCACUAUGAGAAGCAAAGAGUCACCGUCUGCGGCGACAGUAUGAUCUUUUGGGCGGCCCACUGGGCGAACAGGAAGCCCACAGGUUCCCAGUUGGGGCUGCAUGAGUUGGCGUCAGUUGAGUGGUUGGGGCGACAGGACUUGAGGUGGCUCGGCCUCCUCCCCUUGCUGUUCAAGGAGAGGAGGGGCCCCCCACCUCACGUCUUGUUGAUCCACCUGGGCGGAAGCGAUCUCGGCCUGGUGAAAGGGAAGGGCCUGGCGAUUCAGGCAAAGGCCGACUUGGCGCUCAUCAGGAGCAGGUGGCCCGGCGUGGAGAUCGUGUGGUCCGCUAUAUUGCCGCGCCGCGACUGGAGCAGCGUGGGAGACCCGAAAUGUUUAGAGAGGGCCCGCUUGAAGGUAAACAGAGAACUCAGGAAGGCAAUGGCGGAUGGAUUGGGCCAUUUCUUGCCUCACCCCGGGAUACGAGCGAACUUGCCUGACCUGUAUAGCGGAGGUGGAGUACUUCUGUCGGACAAGGGCAACGAUAUAUUUCUGGAGGAUUUGCAGCACGGGCUUCAGGAGGCCUUAGGCUGACCGGCGGGCGCAGGGUCCUACAUGCAUCCAUCGAGCACCAUCCAGAACCUACCCUGUUAGGAGUCAAGGGGCCCGUCAAGCUCGGCCUUCGGGUUUUGCAGCCCAGGGCAGGGUAUGUGGGCUGCCUUUGGGACCGCACUGGCUAGGCUGCUUCCCUCUUAAGUUUUGUGGCUUGGAGGGGAGCACUUCAGGGCGACGCCCAGCCUUGUCCUAUUUUCCCCUCAGGGCUGGCCCUUGCCCCAAAAGAUGUGAAUUGUAAAUAAAGUGGCCCUUUGUUAAACCCAA